AUGAGCUUUAUGUCGGUGACUGUUUCGCGAAGUUUGCUGCCAGUUUGCCUUCUGGGUAUCAUGCUUCAGUUGCACAACUUUGGCUUUCCGGCGUCAGUGAGAAAGAAGCUCGACACGACCUACACGUCAAGCCCACAGAGACAUUCUGAAGCGGUGAACCUGCAACAAACCCAGUCCCAUCACCUGCCGAUCCACAAAAUGAUGCCAAUCAUCGUCGAAAGCCAUACGCCUGGCAUGAACGUGAAUCAUGAAUUUGCCUUCAUUUCUGACCUUGGCUCUGUACAAGCGAAAGGGACGGCAUUCACGACACAAGCAGGGCUGGUUUUUAUUUCUACUAACGAAGCUGAUUGCAGCGAAAGGGUAGUGAUACCGAAGAGCAAGUGGCACAUUACAUUGCAAGGAUCUGGUCGAGAAGUCACCAAAAUCACAUCCAAAAAUGCCGCAGGCGACACGGGCACCACAUACACGACUUCUACUUUCAGAGUCAGCGCUCCUUACUUCACCGCACGGAAUAUUUCGUUUGAGGAACCAGUUCUCGUCAACUUAAUGAUUCAAUGCCCAAUUUUCACAGAAUUCCUCACCGCGGCCUUCCGGGGAGGCACAACCGCAAGCCGUAGCACUGCGUACAACAGGCGAUUUCAAUGCGUUUUACGGGUGCGCAUUCUAUGGGCAGCAGGGUACUCUAUACGACGAUAGAGGCCGCUAUUACUUCAAAGACACACUAAUUGUAGGUUCAGUAGAUUUCACCUUCGGCGAUGGGAAAUCACUCUACAAAUUACGGCAUUUCACGAUUCUAGUGAUUCAACUAGUCGUCUAUUGUUGGAUUUAUGAAAGUUGGAGACGCCCGUUCUGAUUGAGAAGCUUGCGAAGAGCCCACCUCAUCGAGGUUUGGAGCUCUGGAAUUUGGGUUUGGAAUCAAGUUUCACAAGAAGUUUGUGGAAGAGAACCAAGUUUCACAAGAAGAUGUGCAUUCGGUUAAGAAUUGGGCUCAAGGACGGAAAUCGCACACUGAGUUGGUGAGGAUUCAAGACCUUACACACACACAGAUUUGUUUAGAUUUAUUUUUUCGAUUAAAGUUGACACGCAAAACUUUAGAGCAUAGCAAGAACACUGUUCU